UCUUCCCUCCCUCCCUCCUUCCUUCCCUUCCUCCACUCCUCCUUCCCCCCGCCGCCUCGGGCCAUGCUGCUGCCGUCCGACGUGGCCCGGCUGGUGCUGGGAUACUUACAACAGGAAAAACUUCUAGCUACCUGCCGUGAAUUUAUUUUGGAAAGCUCAGAUUUGAAAGAAUAUGCAGAGCACUGUACAGAGGAUGGGAUUAUUCCAGCCUGCUUGCUGUCCCUGUGUGGAAAAAACUUGACAACUAUUCUUAAUGAAUAUGUAGCCAUGAAAACAAAAGAAACAACAAAUGAAGUUCCAGCAAUGAUGUCAUCUCUGUGGAAAAAAUUAGACUAUACACUUUCUCAGAUCAGGAGCAUGCAAAAUUCCACAGGAUUUUCUGCUAAUCAGAGGACACGUACAAGAAGUGGAAUUGUGGAAAUGAAAAGACAGAGAAUGCUUCAGCAAUCAGCUCCUGCAAACUCAGGAUUGUUGUCAGUAGCCCAUCAGUCAGGGCCACAGAAUUCCUCUUCUGUUGUAGCUCCUCAAGUUAUUCAAAGACCAACAAUAAAUCAAACCGUGUCACAGACAAGACUGAAUACGUUGUUUGUUCACCAGUCACAAACCCAAGAAAACAAGAUCAGCGCAGGAGAUUUCAUACACAUUCAAGUUCCGGCACCACAAGAACGAAAGCUUCAUUCAAACUUGCUUUCUCCAGGAAGAAGAAAAAGUGAAUCUCAGAAGAGGAAAAGUGUUGCAACAUCUGGACCUCUUUCAGCAGCUAAAAGUUCUCAAGACCCUGAUGAAGUAACAACAGAGAAAGAAAGUGAGCCACUUGAAGAAUUCAUAGAUGGUAACUUCCCACAACUGGUUAUUGAAAAUGCCAGAGAAAAAAUCUUAAGCAACAAAUCUCUUCAGGAGAAGCUUGCUGAGAACAUCAACAAAAUCCUGAGCAGUGAUGGCAACGUCGCUCAGGCCCCUAAACAGACAGACAGUGGUCCCACGGAGCAGGAGACUUCAAUCGAUGAAAUCCUUGGACUUCAGGGUGAAAUUCAUAUGUCAGAAGAGGCCAUACAGGACAUUCUAGAACAGACAGAAUCCGAUCCAGCUUUUCAGGCACUCUUUGACUUGUUUGAUUAUGGAAAGAACAAGGUAAACAAGAACUUACCUGCUGGUAUUUCUGGUCAGAGUGGAGUAGAAAACACGAUCCUGGUGGAUGAGGAUAACCUGGAAACACUUGAAAGUUCUUUAGGAACAGAAGAAACCAGUAGAUGUGAUAAUUCUAGAGAGCCACUCUCCUGUAAAGGUUUUCAGCUAGGAGAAGCAUCGUGUGCCUUGAAGACCAGCAUUAAUGAUGAUGAUGUGGCUAAGAAAAACACCGCCAACGAACAGUUGCCUGGAAGUUGUAGGCCGAGCAAGCAGCCUGAGGGCCUGAAAACUGUUACCCCGGAGCACAUGGGAGAGCUUGAGAUCGCCUUUGACUCUGUGCCUUGUUUGACUGAACCUAACAAGAGACAGAGUUCUGAUGGUGAAUGUAAUGAACACUGCGGAGAUCCUUACGAUAAAAAGGGGUCGUCUGCAUUAGUGUCUGAAAGUGAAAGAGCUAUGGAAAUUGAAAAAGGCCCGCUAAGUCAUGGUGCUCAAAGUAGUCCUAAUUUAGAGUAUGUUCAUUCUGGUAGUCCACAGAUCUCUUUGAUUUCACUGGCAGAAUGUACUACAGCCAGUGAAAACAAAACACAUUCUGGAAGUAAAUGUCACCUCUCACCAGAUACAUCACUGUCUGAAAAAACACUUGGUAAAAGCCCUUCUGAGGGGAGCCCUGGGCACAGCGUACUGCUGGGAAAAAACAGUGCAUCGAUUUCCAGCCCAUCGGGGGAUGCAGGACAAGAACAGGCUGUAACAAACGAUACAGCUGCCUUACCUGGUAUUUUACAGGAAAACUCAAGCCACCAGCCUAACCAUCAGGGACAGAGUGUGCAGUCAGACUGUGCUGCAAGCUCUGCUGCAAAGGUUUCAGAUCUUGACAAAACAGAGUUGCAGCUUGAAGUUGUUGAUACUUCGAACAAACCUUAUUCAAGUGAUCAGCAUACACUUGAUAAGACUUGUAAGAAAGAUGUAAACCUUCCUACAGGACUGUCAAACUCAGAGGGAACACAAGGGGAAAUGCAGGAACCUUCAUCUUCUACAAAAGUAGAUGCUGAUAAUAUAUAUUUCUCUUCUGGCGGUGAUGCGUGUACAGAAAUUUCCGUAGUAUCCACUGCAAAUAAUCUUCCUACAUCUGAAAUAUGCCACUCUCCUCUCCCAGAAACUGCAUCCUCAACAGAUGAGUCGGGUACUGAGGCCAAAAGUAUAAGCGGUGUGUCUUCUAGUAGUCAACCAAUGGAUGUUGAUCCUUCUAAUAUAAUGUCCCUCAAGAUCAUCAUCAGCGAUGAUCCGUUCAUUUCAUCAGACACUGAGUUAAAUAAUGCUGUUUCCAGCAUCACAGGUGAAAAUUUGCCAACUAUAAUAUUGUCUUCUCCAGCCAAAUCCCCAACCAAAACUGCAGGCCUGUCCAAAUGUCUGACUUCAGAAGACACAGAAAAAAAUGUGGAUUCAGCUUUAGCAGAGCAGAAUCUCCUUAUGCUUAGACCAAAGGAUCCCGUGGUCACCUCGGUUAACGCUCAGAAUGAAGACUCUGCUGGCUUUCCAGUUGCAGGCACGACUAAUCUUUCCAAGGAAGGGGGAUUUAUACAGUUGAUGCCAGCAACAAGCACAGCUUUUGGGAAUUCAAACAACCUUUAUAUAGCCACUUGUGUGGCCGAUCCAGCUGCCUUGGGCACAGCUGGAACACCCUCAAAUGUGGUGGUGUUGCCCGGCAGUUCUAUGCCGCUUGCUGCCCAAGCUCCAGCCGUGCAGCAGCUACGGACUCCUCCUCGAUCCAGCAAUGCAUUCACAGCAAACCAGACUGUCUCCCCCAGCUUCCCACAAGGUUCUGCCAUUAUAAUUGCCUCUCCGGUGCAGCCUGUCCUGCAAGGAAUGGUGGGAAUGAUACCUCUCUCAGUAGUAGGACAAAAUGGAAAUACGUUCUCGGCACCUGCCCGCCAGGUUCUACACAUGCCUGUGGCUAAUCCAGUGUGCAACAGAAGUGUCCCAAAACUUCCCAUCCCUCCCAAAUCACAAAAGAUUCCUGGAGCAAGAAACAAAGCUAAUGCAGGAAAACUGGUCCCAAGUGUAGCUGAGCCUUUGAACCACACAAACUCUCGAACACAAAGGACUGGAAAUUCAGACAAGCUUGUCACUGCAGAGCUAGGGAGGAACGUGGAGGAGAACCUACCUAUUGCACCAGUAGAGAGCACGGGCUCAAAUUCAAGACCAAGUGAAAGUCACAGGAGAGUGCUUUGCUUUGAUAACGUCCUGCCCGCGCCGGGAGGAAACGCCCAAACUCAGGCUACUAAGAGUUUAUCCCAGAAAGAAAGAAAUGAAAAUACUCUAUUUGCUGUUGACACCGCGUCAUCCUCUGCUAAGGCGCAGGGAGUGAAGAGAGAGAAGGAUAAAACGUUGCCCAGAAUCCUGUGUAAGGCGGAGGUUGGCGGCAGCAGAGGCACAUCCGCAAAGGAGCCGCAGCCCGAGCGGAAGGCGGGAGCGGCGGGGCCUCCCUCGGAUCCCUUCCACAAGGCCACAGCAAAUAAGGAAAACGAGCUGCGGAGGGAUGCUGAUGAGAAACAGAAGAACCAGGACACGGCCAAGCUCUCCAACGGCCAGCAGAGCGUUAGCUCAUGGAACGAGAAGGCGGUCGCGUCGGUGCAGGAGCUGAACAAGAAGCAGGGCUCGCUCUCCAACGGGAACAGCAAAGCUUCAGCGGCUGGUUCUUUGUCUUCCAAGGAGCCAAAGCGAGAACCGGCCAAAGCUCCCGGCCAAGGCCUCUGCCUGUCGAGCCCCUUCACCAAGCAGUGUGUGGAGAUGCUGCAGGACAUCCAGUGGCACAGCCCCACUGGUAAAACGGUGGAGAAUGGGGAGCUGCCUGUGCCCCGCACGCCGUCGGGGGUGGGGGACAGGCACACGGACGAUACCGCAGACAGCGUGCGGACACCCACCUGCCGGCGCUUCACCGAGGACAGCGCGACCCCCCGCACCAUGGUCCCCCCUGCCACGCCCGACCUGCCGGCCUGCAGCCCCGCCAGCGAGACGGGCAGCGAGAACAGCGUCAGCAUGGCCGCACACACCCUCAUGAUCCUCUCCCGCGCCGCCAUCGCCAGGACCAGCACCGCCACCCCCCUCAAGGACAACACCCAGCAGUUCCGCGCUCUGAGGAGCACCGUCAAGAAAAGGAAACUGGAGGACUUGAGCGAGGGUGAGAGAAACUCGCGUUCUGCAAAUAGAAAAGACCUUCAGAACUCCCCAACACCAUCAAAAAAGAAGAAAAUAAAGAAAAAGAAGCUGCCGAAUUCUUUCCCAGCGGGGAUGGACGUGGACAAGUUCUUGCUGUCUCUGCAUUACGACGAAUGAACAAGAAGUUGAACUGGGACAGUCUAAAGCUAAAAGGGUGGCUUUGUGCUGAGGUUGUGCAUGGGAAGAGACCUUAAUUGUAAAGAGUGAGUUGCACUUUGAGUGCACUGAAGUUUCACUUUAUAGCAAAAUCAUGCUGUUUGGGAAGCAGGUUGCGAAGUGUAAAUAUCAUUGAGUUGGUAUAUGUUUAUUUUUGAAAAAGCACUUGCGUAAUUAUAGAGCCAUUUAAUUUGCAGAAAUUGUAAAUUUGUAUAAAUGUAAUGUAAGAAAAGUUGUAUGUUUCCCGUUCUACCACGUUGUCUGUGUUCUGCUGCAUUCUCUACUUCCCCCCGACCCGUGUUUGUGCGAAGGCUGUGUGUGUGCAGGCAGGGUUUGCAGGUCACUGCUCUGGGACACGGGCGGCCAACCCGGCCGCUUCCCCUUCUCUUGUUGAAUCCCAAAGGGCCUCGCUCUCCAGCCAUACCCGGCUUGUACUAACACCCUCUGUAUCAUAACUGUCAAACCCACCCUGUCAGGCUUGCAAUGAGCUGACAGAAAUACCAGUAACCAAUUGUAUAAAAGUAUUUCUCAUCUAAGGAAGCUUUUCCCAGCCAGUCAUUCGGAUAAGAACGUUAAUUUGGAUCGGCCUCAUCUCUUUACAAUAUUUUUUCUGCGUAAGAUUCAUUUGGAUGCAGCAGCUGUUUUCAAACCAUGUACUUUCUUGUGGGUUCACCCCCAUAUUCACACCCUGGUACGAACACUUCAGCAAGAGCCAGAUGAGAAUUUCAGUGUGUUCUAUUGCAAAAGUCAAUUCUUUGAACUGCCAUUUGUACUGGUGAGAAAGCGUUUGUUCAUAUCUCUUCUGCUUUUAGCCAGACAUGGAAAAAAAUGGAUCUGGUCUUUCUGUUGAAUGUAGAAUUUGUCAUAGCUAUUAUACAAACUCUUCAAAAUGGGCACAGGAGCAGCUCAGCCUCCAUUUUAGUACUAAUUAGCAUGGGUGAAAAUGACCACACUAAGCCUUGCUCCAGUACUGCAGAAUUUUCUCUACUGGUAUUUCCUCCUUUGUUCUCAAAUUGUUGAGGUCUUAAAAAAAUGCAAGUUUUCUUGUGAGAGAUCUGUACAGCAACAGGGCAAUGUUUCACAUAGUAUACAAGGAUUCCUAAGGAACCAAUAUUAUGCAGUAGAUGUUUAUAUUAAACCCAUCCAAUAAUGAAAUACUGCAUACCAUUUACAGCUUGAAUAAAUAUUUUUGUUUUAAUAAGAA